UGCGCUGUGACGAGCAAUGCAAUGUGUAGUGCGAGCCGAUUUAAAAUAAAAGUUUUUGUACGCGAUAUUCUAAUUAUGUAAUCAUUGCAGAUUGUGCAAGGUCUCUUUCUACCAGAAAAUAUACAUCGGUAAAUGUAGGAGACAAAGCUACAUUAACAAAAACUUUCACAAAAGACGACGUAAUUUCUUUCGCUAAAAUAAGUUUGGACAACAACCCAUUGCAUACCGAUCCCGACUUUGCUGAGAUGACUAAGUAUGGAAAAUGUAUCGUACACGGUGUCCUUAUAAACGGAUUGAUUUCUGCGGUGUGCUCUACGAAACUUCCGGGUCCAGGGGCCGUGUACUUAUCGCAGGAAACGAAAUUCGUCGCUCCAGCAUUUGUCGGAGAAUCUGUAACGGCGGAAGUAGAGGUCUUUGAGGUCCGGAAGUCAAUCAUGAAAUGCUACACGACAGCCUUCCGGACAGACAGUAAACAGGUUCUGAUGCAGGGUGUAGCCAAAAUAAUGUUACCCCAAACCAAGUAGACCCUUAAAAACCGGAAGCCGUCAUAGGGAUCUGUAAUAUGCAUGG